CCCGGAAGUACUGAUACUGUAGUUGGUUCUAGCUUCACGUGCUAGUCUAAACUACAUCAUCCACGCACAGGCAUCAGAGAAAUAAGAGAUUCUCUGUAGUCAUUCAUGCUGGUCAAAACCUAACAACGUUGCCCCAUCCCUGUAAAUCGUCACAGCCCGGUGUAUGGUGUAGCAUGGAGGACCUGACCAAUGCAUUGUCUGCCAGUUUCUCGGUGUCCCAGGACUACAAUAGCACAUCAAAGGCUCACCCCCGGCUGGCUCAGUACAAAAGCAAAUUCAGUGUGCUGGAGCAGGGGGAGCGGCGGCGGAGAUUCUUGGAUUUUCAGAAGACGAAGAGGCUGAACUAUGUCAACCAUGCCCGCCGUUUGGCAGUCGGGGACUGGACUGAGGAAGACAGUGAAAAUGAACAGACUAUUGAGUCAGACGCAAAGCCUCAAGAAGAUGCACCAGAAGAGGACAUGGAAAUUCAGCAAAGAACAAAGUUGCCAAAGCAUUACGCCAAUCAGCUGAUGUUAUCGGAGUGGUUGGUAGAAGUGCCUGCAGAAUUGGAGACAGAUUGGCUGUUGGCGGUCUGUCCAGUUGGAAAGCGAUCUCUAGUUAUCGCCUCCAAGGGGUCAACAGCGGCUUACACCAAGAGUGGCUACUGUGUCAACCGCUUUCCCUCUGGACUUCCUGGAGGAAACAGGCAUAACAACGCUAUAGGAAAAGACUACACAAUCCUUGACUGCAUCUACAGCGAAGUUGAUAGAACGUACUAUAUCCUGGAUGUGAUGUGCUGGAGAGGCCAUCCAGUCUAUGACUGUUCGACUGAAUUCAGGUUUUUUUGGCUCCAGUCGAAGAUGGAGGAGGAAAGCGGCCUGUCUGAAAUUACCAAAUACAACUCUUUUAGGUUUCUGCGUCUAGAGAGUAUGUGGAGCACAAAGGAAUCCAUCUGUCAAGCACUUCUCAAGGAGUACACAUUCAGCGUGGAUGGCUUCCUGUUUUAUCAUAAGGAGACGCACUAUACUCCGGGAACCACCCCUCUCGUGACCUGGCUGAAGCCCUACAUGGUGGGAGACAUUGUGGAGAUGGAGGUGCCCGAGUGUCCCCUGACGCAGAAACCGGAGUACGCCCAGCACCAGCUCCAGCAGAUACGAGAUCAGAAGAAGAUUCACAGCGACGUCCAGCCAGCCGGCCGGAGCGGCGAGUAUGAACUGGAGCACUUGUCCUCACCUGAUCAGAAAGAAACACGCUCCCAACAAAAGAAGAAAGACACCCGCAUGGAACUCUGAAGGGAGCUCCCGAAAAAGAGCUAUUACAGAAAUUGGAUUUUUUUUUUUAGUUUAAAAAAAAAACGUAAUAUGGUUAACGAUUUUUUCCCAGGGUACUUUAAUUCCAGUGCCCAAUAUUUUAAUAGUCUGGAUUUCAGAAAUACAUGCUGCACAUUGGUAUUUUUGAAAUUAUUUUAAGUUCAAUAUGAACACCGCAGAAAGAUCUCAUUAUUUCAAGUAAAGGGUAUUUGCACAAUGCCUGCAAGGAGGCCAUGUAGGCAAAAAAUGUUAAUGAGCAUGUUUAUGAACACAUUUGGUGUAGUGUUCAAAACCACACCAUAUCAGUACUUCAGAUUAAGUCAUCCACUUAUUCCUCACUGUUCUCGUGUGUGUGUGUGUGUGUGUGUGUGUGUGUGUGUGUGUGUGUGUGUGUGUGUGUGUGUGUGUGUGUGUGUGUGUGUGUGUGUGUGUGUGUGUGUUGGCGCGCGCGUGUGCGCAUGUGUGUGUGCGCAUGCAUGCGUAUGUGUGUCUUUAAUCUGCUUGUAUAAGUGUUUUUAUGAUGUACGUAGUUUCUGAAUUUAUGUCAAAAUAAAGUCAAUAAAAAUUGUUUUUUUUUCUACAAUA